UUGAAAGCUGGCAUAUUUUUACUUUAACAUGUACCAUCUUCUGGCUUUGUACCUGAUCUCAUGUGUUGUUCCUCUUUCCUUAGCACAAGACUUCAAUUUGCCAUUCAAAGCUGUGAAUCUUGGGAAUUGGCUUGUUACAGAGGGUUGGAUGAAACCUUCUCUCUAUGAUGGCAUUCCCAACAAUGACCUUUUGGAUGGAACACAAGUUCAAUUCAAGUCCACAAAGCUGCAGAAGUAUAUUGCAGCAGAAAAUGGGGGUGGCAGUGGUUCCGUUGUUGUUGUCAACCGCGAUUCGGCCUCUGGUUGGGAAACUUUCAGGUUGUGGAGAAUUGAUGAAUCAUCUUUCAAUUUGAGAGUGUUCAACAAGCAGUUUGUGGGAUUGCCAAACCAAGACCAGGGAACCGGGCUAAUUGCAGUUUCAGAUUCACCUGGAAACACCGAAACAUUUCGGAUUGUAAGGAAUGAUGGUGAUCAAAAUAGAGUUCGCAUUCAAGCAUCCAAUGGUUUAUUUCUGCAGGCAACAUCAGAGACACAAUUGACUGCAGAUUAUGGAGGCUCAGGUUGGGAAGAUGAUAAUCCAUCUGUCUUCAUAAUGACAAUAUUAAGUGACAAGACCUUAAGAGGUGAAUACCAAAUCACAAAUGGUUAUGGUCCAGAUAAGGCUCCUCAAGUCCUGCAGGAUCACUGGAACAGUUACAUCACCGAAGACGAUUUCAGGUUCUUACGAUCGAACGGCUUGAAUGCGGUGAGGAUCCCAGUUGGAUGGUGGAUUGCAAAAGAUCCAACACCACCUAAGCCUUUUGUUGGAGGCUCCUUGCAAGCCCUGGACAAUGCUUUCACAUGGGCACAAAACAAUGGGCUGAAGGUAAUUGUAGAUCUUCAUGCAGUUGAAGGGUCCCAAAACGCCAAUGACCACAGUGCAACAAGAGAUGGCUCCCAGGAAUGGGGAGAUUCCAACAUACAAGACACUGUGGCAGUCAUAGAUUUCUUAGCAUCAAGAUAUGCUAAUCAUCCAGCUCUUGCAGCAGUUGAGUUAAUGAAUGAGCCUAUGGCACCUGGUGUCAAUCUAGACAGCCUAAAAAAUUAUUACAAAGCUGGUUAUGAAGCUGUACGGAAGCACACUUCAAGCGCUUAUGUGAUCUUAUCAAACAGAUUGGGACCUGCAGAUGCAAAGGAGCUUCUCUCAUUUGCCGGAGGCCUCGAUCGCGUAGCCAUAGACGUGCAUUUCUAUAGCCUAUACUCGGACAUGUUCAACAGCUUCAGUGUGCAACAAAAUGUGGAUUUCAUCUACAACCAACGAGCUUCUGAUCUCGAUGCUGUGACCACUUCCAAUGGACCCCUCACUUUUGUUGGAGAAUGGGUUGCAGAAUGGGCGAUAAAUGGAGCGUCAAUACAAGACUACCAGAGAUUUGCAAAAGCCCAAAUAGAUGUUUAUGGGCGUGCCACUUUUGGAUGGGCAUAUUGGGCUUACAAGUGUCAAUACGAUCACUGGGGUCUUAGGUGGAUGAUCGAGAAUAACUACAUAAAACUCAAUUAGAUUAGUCAUAUUCGAAUUGUAACAUAAACAAGGGAGUUGUUAUUGGCACUCUAAAGGGAUGAGCGCGAGAUGACUUUUUAGAAUCCCAAUAACAGUUUCCUAUAAAAAUAAACAAACACAUAAGCUUGUAACUAUGCUUGAUGUGCUCUUAAGUGCUAAAGGUCAAGCAUCUUGUACUAGAACUCCAAAUAAAUGCCCUUUUUGGCUAAAAACCUACUUCCCUUUAAAGUUAA